CUAUCUACCAAAAGGCCGAUCAGCUGUGGAUCAGUCACUCGAGUUUAGAUUUCUUGUCAUUCCUUUGUAAAAGAAGAGUAUUUUUGGUUUAAUAUGUCUUCAAACAAUAUGGCAGACCCGAGGAGGCCAAAUAAAAUUUUAAGGUACAAGCCCCCCAGCACGGAGACCAACCCUACAUUAGAGGACCCUACUCCUGACUACAUGAACCUGCUUGGCAUGAUCUUCAGCAUGUGUGGUCUGAUGCUCAAGCUGAAGUGGUGCGCCUGGAUCGCAGUCUAUUGCUCUUUCAUCAGUUUUGCAAAUUCACGCAGCUCAGAAGACACCAAACAGAUGAUGAGCAGCUUUAUGUUGUCCAUCUCAGCAGUUGUGAUGUCCUACCUCCAGAACCCACAGCCAAUGUCACCGCCAUGGUAACCAAGGACAACUCACUGAAAAAGGCAAAAGUGCAUUGUGGAGCCUAGCACCGAUUGACACUAUUGCCCCGACCACACCAUCACCUGCUUGUCAUCUGUGAGCAAAAACACAGAGGGAAAUGCAGAUAAUGUAAUAGAAUGACUGUGAGAGUAAACAGAUGACCAGAAGAAGCGGACGUAGCAUCAGGAAGUAAAAACAUCACUAGUUUGACAUAUUUUCUGUUUUUACCUUUUUUUCAUUAAAAUCUUUGUAAUUUUGCUCUUUUUUUUCUUGAGAAAUGUUCUGAAU